AGCAGAAAGGAAACACCUCAAGUAGGAGAGAGAGAGAGAGAGAGAGAGAGAGAGAGAGAAUGUGUGUGAGGGGCAGUACACAGUAUUUACAGUGAAGGAACUCAAGGAGGACUAACACAGGAGUUGUGAAAAGAAAGUUGGAAGAAAGUGUAAGAAGAAGAGAAGAGAAGAGCGAGAUCAUGGGCUGUGUCUUUAGCAAACGGAGCAAAAUUGAGGAACGAGUUCUCCAUCUCACUGACGGACCUCAAACACGGGACUCCACAGAGGAUGCAGAGACCCUCAGCUUCACUGAGGUGGAAGAACAGCCUUUCAAAGGGGGAAAGAUUGAGAAGAAACACCACUGUGCUGUAUGUCGACAGAUCUUAGACAGUGAUGGAUCCUGUGAUAGAGAAUGCAAAAGUGCACUUAAUAGUAAGAGUGGAGCGAAGGCAUCUAAAAGUCAAAAUAUCGCUCCUCCCAGCCGUGACAGUGUGGAUCGUGUGAUGGAGAACGUCAUGGAGAGCCAUUAUGAUUUUGACCUGAUCUACAUCACCGAGAGGAUCAUCUCUGUCUUUUUUCUAUCUGACCUGGAUGGACAUCGUUAUCACAGAAACCUGAAGGAAGUGGCGGCGAUGUUGAAAUCGAAACAUCAGGAGAAGUUUCUGGUCAUAAAUCUGUCUGAGAAACGUCAUGACAUCUGCAGAUUAAACCCCAAGGUUCAGGAGUUUGGUUGGCCAGAUCUUCAUGCCCCGCCCCUGGAUAAGAUAUGCACCAUGUGUAAGACUAUGGAAUGCUGGUUGAACUCUGACCCCCACAACGUCGUCGUGCUUCACUGCAAGGGGAACCGAGGCAAGACUGGAGUAAUAAUAGCAGCAUACAUGCACUUCAGCAAGAUAUCAGCCGGGGCAGAUCACGCUCUCACCACCAUCGCCAUGAGGAAGUUUUGUGAGGAUAAAGUCUCCGCCUCCCUACAGCCGUCUCAGAACAGAUAUAUUUAUUAUUUUUCUGGGCUUCUGUCUGGUGCAAUCAAGAUAAAUAGCUCAUCCCUGCUCCUGCACCAGGUUCAUAUUCCAGCUAUAACCAACUACAAGCCCGGUGAAGCUUACACACCAUUCCUGAAGAUCUAUCAGUCUCUGAAACUGGUCUACACCUCAGGAAUAUAUGAAACCAACGGCCACAGGAACCGAAUGUUGUGCAUCAAAAUAGAACCGGCUCUACUGUUGAAGGGGGAUAUUAUGGUGAAGUGUUAUCAUCGGCGCUCAGGUGUGUGUGAACGAGAGUGUGUGUUUAGAGUGCAGUUUCAUACAUGUACAGUUCAUGGAUCACAACUUUGGUUUGGGAAAAAAGAACUGGACCAUGCAUGCACAGAUAAACGCUAUCCAGCCGAUGCUACAGUAGAGCUUGUGUUUUCCACAAGUCCAGAGCAAAAGAGAGGAGAGGAGGUUCAGAAGGACCCUGGGGGGAGUCCAGAUAUCUGCUGCACAGAUCCUGUAGUGCGCUGGGACUCGUAUGAAAAUUUUAAUCUUCACCAUGAGGACAGUAUUGAGGAUAUCUGUCACACUCGUGGCCCACUCGAUGGCAGUUUAUAUGCCCAAGUGAAGAAGCGCCGUGUACCUGGCUCCACUUCCAACAACCCUUCAGUCAUCAACUCUUCCAUUCCCAGUCAGUUACCCUGUCUUAGCUCUGGCUCAGGUCACCGUUCCACUCACUUUGAUCUUGAGGGACCAUCACUUUCUUUAUCUCAUUAUUCUCACCAAAAGGAGGACAAAGAGAGGGAUGGGGAAAGAGAUAAACCAAAUGUGAGACAAAAGGAUCGAGAGACAGCUAUACUAGAUGAUGGAGAUUGCCCUCAUCCCCGGGUGGAGCGGUCUUGCUGUGGUCGACCCUAUUCCCAUCCUCAUUCCUAUUUGGGCACUGAUUUGUCCAAAACACCCCCUCAAAUACUCCAUCCCAAACAUUACACACUGCCUUGUACUCGUACUUCCACUCUGCCUGUCUGUGAGACAUAUGGGUCUCAGCCUGUUUUUCAGUGGGAGAGAGGGCAUUGUCAGCAUCACAUCUGUACUCGUUCCUGUUACCCUUACCCCUCAGCAGAAGCACACACCCAUACCCAUACUCGUUCUUCCCAUGCACACACACUUCCUGUUCAAACUCGAUUAUUCUGUUCAGGGGACGCAUGCCCUCUGUUCCAUUACUCUGCUCUAGCCCACAACCACACCCACAUUCCACCACCUCAUUCUUCCCACCAAUCCCUGCCUUCCAGUCCUUACCGUGAAUUACGCUUCAGCUCGACUUCACCUACUUCCUGUUCCUGCAGGGACUGCUUGCAACUGCGGGAGGAUCUGUCCCACAGAGAUCUGUCUCUCAGGGUGAACCAACUUGAAAGCCUCCCUUGGCACAGAGAGCCAGGGUUUGGAUAUCGACGGGAGGGGGCUGUGCACUGGGCAAGAGAUGGAGAUAUGGAAUCUCAGGGCUCAGACUACUGGCAGCACAGAGCUGUUAUGCCACCCAUAAUGUCAUCCUAUGGAUAUGGACAUAGACAUUGCCAUUCCAUCUCUAAACAAGACCAUCCAGUCUAUGGAGCAGAUUCCCAACCAGAUCCUUCAUCAAGUCCAUUUCCAAGCCCCCACAGCAGUGGAUACCACAGCCCUCAUCUACCCUGGCCCUGCUCCCCACCACAUGUUAGAGACAGUCCUGGCUAUGCUUCUAUGGCUCAGUCUCCUAACUCAUCUCCACUAGCUCACACCCCUUCCUCAAAAAGAACCAGUCUUACCCAACAACACAUUCAGAGCCCCAUGUCUGGAAAAGAGCACAAUAUCCAUUUCAACCACACAGAAGGCUCAGAUGAACAUUCAAAAGUGAACAAUCCCAAUAAUAUUUCUGCAAAAGAAGAUUGUAACAAUGCUCCUUCUCUUCAAGUCCAAAAAAGUGUAGGAUCACCAGCAGAGCCAGAAGGGCAGGCCAGUAAUGAUAUUGCACAUAAGGAUUCUCCUCCUAACAGUGGGUCCUCAACUGAGCUUACCAAAGAGCCUCAGCAGUCUGAGGCAAAAAAUACAGAUGUCACAGAGUCUAUAUCCACCACAGUCCUUAUGAGUGAGCUCAGCCAAUCCUCUGAACCACCAGUUAUAGUUUUGGGAGCAGAGUCUCUUGUGUCUGUUGCUCACAUACAAGGGAAUACCUCAUUGCCUACUGAGAUGGAAAAGAACCCUACUUGCCCAUCAGAAAGAAGCUCCUCAUGUGAACUUCUUUCACUGGGUUCCAGCUCUGAAGGACAAAGCCUGACCCCUCUGACUGACAAGGUUUCUUCCAAAGAGGAUGGAAGUAAUAGUGAUUUGAGAGCUCCCUCUCCAGUGUCUGAUGGAUACAUCACACCCUUAUUCCCUUUAGCAUCACCCAACUAUCCUCUCUUGACUGUGCCUCAUCUUCCAUACACUGGCUACACUGCAAUUACCAUUCCUUCUUACCAUCCUCAACCCCCUCUCCCUGAAAAACAGCGAGUUAGUCCUCGCCAGGGUUCUCCCACAAGUGCAUCCUCAGUCAGAUCAUCCAUAGCAUCUUCCACCUCUUCAAUCCAGGCUCAAAUCAUGUCCUUACCUACUGUAGACACCAGACAAAAAGUAAAUCCAGAGGCAGAAAAUCAGGUCAGUGCUAAGUUUGUGCAGGAUACCUCCAAAUUCUGGUACAAACCUGGAAUCUCCAGAGAUCAAGCAAUUGCAGUUUUGAAGGAUAAGGAGCCUGGAUAUUUUCUAAUAAGGGACAGCAGCUCAUUCCAGGGUGCAUAUGGACUAGCUCUUAAAGUGGCCACACCCCCUGCUCAUGUCAGCAACCAUGGCCACACCUCUCACUCACAGGAGCAGCUGGUUAGACACUUUCUGAUUGAGAGUGGAGCAAAAGGAGUGAAAAUUAAAGGCUGUCAGAAUGAAAUGUACUUUGGCUCUCUGUCUGCCCUGGUAUACCAGCACUCCAUCACACCUGUCUCUCUGCCCUGCAAACUACACAUCCCUGACAAAGAUCUUGUAGGAGAGUUGCAGGAGUUGCAGCAGAGUGGCACCAACACCAGCACGGCUGCAGAACUGCUCAAACAAGGAGCUGCCUGCAAUGUUCUCUAUAUAAACUCUGUGGACACUGAGUCUCUGACUGGCCCACAAGCCAUCUCCAAGGCAGUGAAGUGCACUCUGACUCAGGAACCCUGCCCUUCAGCAACCGUAGUUCACUUCAAAGUGUCUACACAGGGCAUCACCCUUACAGACAAUCAACGCAGACUAUUCUUCAGGAGGCAUUAUCCAAUCCACAGUGUUAUAUACAGCUGUGUGGAUCCAGAGGAUCAAAGGUGGAGUACUGCUGAAAAUUCCUCUCACAGGAUGUUUGGAUUCAUAGCAAGGCGCAGUGGGAGCAGUUUGGGAAACGCGUGUCACCUGUUUGCAGAACUUGAUCCGGAGCAGCCGGCCAUGGCCAUCGUCAACUUCAUCAAUAAAGUCAUGCUGGGACCACAUCAUCUACGCAAGUGAGAGAAGAGAAGAAUAAGAAGAGGUUAUUUUUUAAGUUUUCAUUUUUUAUUUUAAUCCUUAAAUAUAAUAAUACUAUACAUUACUAUAUUGAAAAUUAUUGACUUUAUCAUCAUCCAGCUGUUUAUAAACUGCA